GAGUUGAAGAUCAACCAUCGGAAUGUGAGAAGUACGGUGACCUGGAAAGUGGUGCAGCUAUGUAUGGUGUUGUGAAGCGGAAGAGAGACAAUGAUAUGGAUCUUCACUCAAAUAAGCAGAUAAACAAAAAUUCUAGUGAAAAAAUAUUGGAACCACCAAUAAUAGAACAACAGAAUGCAAGAUCACACUUCUCAUAG